CUUGGGCACCCGCUCGCGGGGCGUCUGUGCGCGUGCGCGCUCGCGCUCCCGCCCUCUCGCUGCGCUCGGCUGAGUCAGUCAGUCUGUCCGAGUCUGUCUUCGGAGCAGGCGGAGCGCGGGGACUUGGAAGAGCUACCUGCUUGAUUAUUCUAUUUCCCCUCCCUCACCUCCGCCCCAUAUCUCUCUUCACCUUUCUCCCGCCCUUGCUCGCAUAGCCAUGGCGGAGCCGUCGGCAGCCACUCAGUCCCCGUCCAUCUCGUCGUCGUCCUCCGGGGCCGAGCCGUCCGCGCCUGGCGGCGGCGGGAGCCCAGGAGCCUGCCCCACCCUGGGGGCGAAGAGCUGCGGUUCCUCCUGUGCGGUACAUGAUCUGAUUUUCUGGCGGGAUGUGAAGAAGACUGGAUUUGUCUUUGGCACUACACUGAUCGUGCUGCUUUCCCUGGCAGCUUUCAGCGUCAUCAGUGUGGUUUCUUACCUCAUUCUGGCUCUUCUCUCUGUCACCAUCAGCUUCAGGGUCUACAAAUCUGUCAUCCAAGCUGUACAGAAGUCAGAGGAAGGCCAUCCAUUCAAAGCCUACCUGGACGUAGACAUUACUCUGUCCUCAGAAGCGUUCCAUAACUACAUGAAUGCUGCCAUGGUACACAUCAACAGGGCCCUGAAGCUCAUUAUUCGUCUUUUUCUGGUAGAAGAUUUGGUUGACUCCUUGAAGCUGGCUGUCUUCAUGUGGCUGAUGACUUACGUUGGUGCCGUUUUUAAUGGAAUCACCCUUCUGAUUCUUGCUGAACUACUCAUUUUCAGUGUCCCAAUUGUCUAUGAGAAGUAUAAGACCCAGAUUGAUCACUAUGUUGGCAUUGCCCGGGAUCAGACCAAGUCAAUUAUUGAAAAGAUCCAAGCAAAACUCCCUGGAAUCGCCAAAAAAAAGGCAGAAUAAGCAUCUGGAAGCCAGAAAUCCAACAGUUACUAAAACACCAUUUAAUAGUUAAUAGCGUUGUUACUUGUACUAUGAAGGAACGUGCUCGGUGUCAGCUUGAGCCUGCAUUCCAAGCUUUUUUUUUUUUUUUUUAAAUUUGGUGUUUUAUCCCCCUCCUUUCCCUCAGCCCUCAAUAUCAAGCACAAGAAUUGUUAGGCUAAAAAGAGAACUUAGAACCCGAAAGAAUAAAGAAAGAAUGAAAUUCAUAAGAUAAAUCAAUACCUUAAUGGUGGUGGAGCUUUUACCUAUAGCUUGAAAAGGGAAAGAUUGGAGGUAGAAGAGAAAAUGAAAGAUAGAACACCAUCUCUUGGGUCCUUCUAUUCAAUUUUCAGGACUGGUCUUACUCAGCUUCCCAUUAUAGUUUUGCCCUUGUUUUUAAGUUAAGAAAUAAUGAUUAACUUAUGAAGAAAUUAUUUGGGGACAGGAGUGUGAUUCCUUCCUUGGGUUUUUUGCAGCCCUCAGAUCUCAUCUUCUGCCCCAAGAUGAUAUGAGCAGCUACUCCUAAUAUUCCUCUUCAUUUUAAUGAUAUAACUUCCAACUCUAUGAGUAACUUAUAGAUUAUAGUGAUAAUUCCUGAUUCCCAGAAUGCCAUCUGAUUAAAAAAGAACUGAAGCAGAAAGUAGAACCAGAGAGGGAGUUACGGUAGCACUGUGGUGUCCCUCACUCAACCUAGGGAAGGAAAGCUCCACCAUUUGGGAAGGUGGUUUCUGUGUCAUUUCUCUUGGACACCAGUUCUGAGCAUUAGUUUGAGAACUCAUUCCCGAAUGUGCUUUCCUCCCCUCUCCACCUCACCUCAAGUUUAAUAAAUAUGGUUGUACUUUUCUUAUUAUGAAUAAAUGUCUGUAACUGCUGUACACUGCUGUAAACUUGUUAGAGAAAAAAUAAUCUGCAUGUGGGCUCCUCAGUUAUUGAGUUAUUGUAAUCCUAUCUCAGCCUGUGCGGGGGUGGGGGGGUUUCACAAAGUGAAGUAUGGAAACACAAAAAGCCUUUAUCUUGAUCUUUUCCCUGCAGCUUCAUUUUCAUAUUCUGCAUCUUUAGCCUGUGUUCAUCAUUUUAGCCUAAGGACCAAAGCCUAACUGGCUUGAGAGAUUGUGUGUGUCUGUGGUUAAGACCACAAAUUAGCGUAGGGAAGUGUUUUUUGUGGUUCAUACAGAGUUUUAACUGCUUUGAGGCUAGCUUAAUGGGUAUUUUGAGGGCUCUUUCUUGCAAAAGGUCUUACUGGCACCCUUGCCAUGGUCCAGGGUACUGCUUUGGAGACUGUUUUCCAAGAAGUUUUAGGUGAGGGUGGGCAGGCACAGCCAGAUUUUGUUGAUGAUACAAUUAAAAGGCAGGAGAACCACACUGACAGCAAGCAGGUGGAGGGCAACUGGGAAGCUUUGAUUCCCAUUUGAAGUUGUUUCUUCCUCCCCUUCAACAUGAAAAUGCAGCAAACGUGAAAGAACCUGCACUGUGAGUUUAAAGUAAGGCUUGUCCUGAAGUACUGUGCUGUAGAAAGUGGUGGGAGGAAAUUUUCUUUCCACUUUUUUUUGAAAAUUACUUAGGUAUUUAGAUGGGGAAAAGGUACCUUUAUCUUACUGUAUUUUCUUAACCCCCUUCUGAAUUUUUUUUUUAACUGAUUACAUGUCAUAGUAGGAAAUGCAUUCUCUGUCGCCCUUUGCCCUCCCGGAAGUCAAUGCACUGAUCUGUCUUUUUGGGCUUCCCCUCCAAAGGACCUCUCUCUGCACUGGAAGCCUCCACAUCUGGCUCUUUUCUUUUGUUGCUGCUGUGUUUAGAUAAUUGGAGAGAUCUUUGUGCCACGCAGGAAUUUUUUUUUUUAAAUAUAUAGGUGAAAAAAUUACUAAUGAAACUGUGUGCGUGUCUGUGCGUGCAACAUAAAAAUACAGUAGCACCUAAGGAGCUUGACUAUUGGUUCCUGUAAACCUGCAAGUUGAUGUGGUAUUAAUAAAAAAAAAACACAACACA